GCGUGCGUGCCUUUUUCUCCGCAGCCUUGCCUGCCUGCCUGCCUGCUGUUCACUCCGCUUCGCCAUUGAAGAACCCUCUGAGUUUUAAGAAUGGAAAAUACCCAAGAAUCGGCAGAAAAUCAGAUUAAAGAAAUUCAAGUAGAAAAAGAAACCUGUGAGGAGAUGCUUUCAAGGCACAGGAAAGAGAUCACCCAGCUACAGAACAAGGAAAUUGCACUUAAAAAGGUGGCAGCUAAAGGCAGCAAGGCUGAGCAAAAAGCCAAGAAGAAACAAGUGGAGGAACAAAUCUCUCAACUAACUACUGAGCUCAAAGAGAAACAUGUAGCCGAACUUGCUUCUGUAGGCUAUGCUAGUAGCACUACUAGCGGAGAAGGCAAAGAAAACAAUAUUGAAAUUUUAGCGAAAGCCAUAGCUGGGGUCUCUGUUACCAACCAAACCGAGCACUCGAAGCCCAGUAAGAGUGCAAAAAGAAAAGAGAAAAGAGCCCAAGAAGAAGCAGCCCGAGAACAAAGAAUACAAGAAGAACAAAGCAACAUUGUAAGUGACAGAAUGGUUGAAAACGAAAAAUUGGAGAAAAAGCUUGAACCUCUUGGCCUGCUAGUGCAUGAAAUUAAACCAGAUGGGCAUUGUCUCUACCGAGCUGUUGAAGAUCAAUUGAAAAUCAGAGGUUCACCAUUUUACACAUUCCAAGAACUUAGAAAAAUGGUGGCUGAUUAUAUGAGGAAGAAUUCAUCGGAUUUUCUUCCCUUUUUCCUAUCAGAAACUGUUGCAGACGGAGGUUAUGACGAUUCUGUUGUAGAAAAGAGGUUUGAGAGUUACUGUAAUGAAGUGGAAUCAACAGCAGCUUGGGGUGGACAGCUCGAGCUUGGUGCUUUGACUCAUUGCUUGAAGAAACAUAUCAUGAUAUUUUCUGGAUCUUUUCCUGAUGUGGAAAUGGGGAAGGAGUACAAAUCCGGGGAUUCUUCAGAAUCAACUAUUAUGCUGUCAUACCAUAAGCAUGCAUUUGGGCUCGGUGAGCAUUAUAACUCUGUCGUGCCCGUUUGAAAAGCUAUCUGAAAAGGUUGGGUAACUUAUCAUACUUGAAAUUAAUACCUUCUCUUUCAUAAUUUUUGUUAUCUAAUGACAAUAUAAACCAUGGGUAACCCUUAAAACUUGACUUUUUGGUAGUCUUGUUCUGUUUCCGCUCCUGAAUUUGAAUUUGUAUCACGCAAAUAAUAUGAUUGCUAUCACAAUUCUUGAAUGGCAUGUGAAGUAUGGUGUUUGCUUUUAGUGC